UGUCAUGGUGGCUUUUGCUUCAAGUGUGUCAUCGAAUCAGGCUCCUGGUGGUUAUUCGUAUAACAGAUUUAGUGGUCCCGUUAGUGGGCAAAUAGUAGAAGUCGAAGUGCCAGCUGCCAAAAAUAUUGCAGCCCAAGAACACGCGAGCUACGGCUACGAUCAUAACGCUGGUCAAAUUGAUCCUGAAACUGCAAAGUACGCCCGCUUGAAAACCGUCGACUAUGUGGCAAAACCUGAUUAUCACUACGCGUACGGAGUAGACGAUCCUCAUACAGGCAAUCAACAGAACCAUAAAGAGCAACGUGAGGGAGAUGUUGUUAAUGGAGAGUAUUCUUUAGUCGAACCUGAUGGUUCUCUUCGUAUUGUCCGCUACACCGCUGAUCCGAAAAACGGAUUCCAGGCAACAGUACACAAGCAACCUGCCGUACAAGCUCAGCAACAGCAGGUAGAACAACCAGUUCACUACGGUCGCAGAAAUCAGGAUGAUGAUGAUUCCAGAGAGUACUAGUCUUAAUUAUUUUAUAAGU